AUGGCCUCCAAACCCGACAUUGUCUUUCUCCCUGGUGCCUGGCACUCAGCCAACUGCCUGGACAAGGUCGUCCCCCUCCUGACCGCUAAGGGAUACACCACCUACGCGCACACCGUCAAGAGCGUGGGCGUGCCGCACGUCACAGUCCAGGACGACGCAGCCUACAUCCGCGAUGAGAUUCUGGAACCUCUCUUCCAGAAGGAUCGCCGGGUUAUCCUCGUCGUUCACUCGUACGCAGGCACACCGGCCGCACCGGCCAUCAAGCAGCUGCAUGUAAAGGAUCGCAAGGCCAAGGGCCAACCGGGCGGACUUGUUGGGAUCAUCUAUGUGACAUCCUAUCUUUUCUCAAGCGCAGGCUUUGGCGCCGUGGAACGUGAGGCAAAGAUCCAAGGGUUGGGCACAUUCGGUUCAAUCAAUAUCGAAGAGGAUCUAAUCUACCCACGGGAAGACCUCGAGUUCUUCUAUGGAGACGUGGACGAGGAGAUGGCCAAGGCUACACUCUCAACCCUCAAGCCCCAUUCGCUGAGCGCGUUGUUGACUGACAUCGAGGAAUAUGGCUACCGCGAGGCGUCGUAUGGCGGAUGCAGAGCCUACAUCAAAUGUCUAAAGGAUACUCCCAUCCCCAUCAUGUUCCAAAACCACAUGAUUGAGAGCAGCGGUGUUACUUGGGAGACUCGCGAGCUGGACACUGGCCACAGCCCCUUUCUGUCCCAGCCAGAACAGCUCAGCAGCACCAUCAACGAGCUGAUCCAAGGAUUUAAGAUCUGA